AUAAAUUUUGUGUUAUCAAAAUUUUAUUCAAAUUAUUUUUUAAUUAUCUACAUUGAAGUAAAAAAAAUAAAAAAUGACAAAAGAAGUCCGAAGUUCUCAAAAUUUGGAGGCGCCGGGUAUCGAUCCCGGUACCUCUCGCAUGCUAAGCGAGCGCUCUACCAUCUGAGCUACGCCCCCAGAUUGAAUGUAACUUUAAAAGAAUAUCUUAUAUGUUCAACAUUUACAUAUGUAUAUUUAAUAUAAAUUAUAUUAUCGCAUAUUAAAUAUAUUAUUUUUAAUACUAUUAUAUUUCGAGAAUGUUAUUCUUCAUAGAUUAUGAUUUUUACAUAAAUUUCGAUAUCGAACAAAUCGGAAUAUAAGAUAAAGUAUUAAUUCAAUUAAUUGCAGUAAUAAUAAAAAUGACAAUUAAGUAAACAUCAAGUGUGAAGUAAUUAAGGAAAACUUGAAAAUUUUCACACAUGUUUUUCAUUUCUCAAUACCAUUCGUGUAUUCUAUCAUCAUCAGAAAAUUUAUGCGAGCAUAAAAAAGAUUUGUUUAAUGAUUUUCAAUCUAAGAUUCAUAUACAUAUAUAUACAUACUAAUAAUUCAUAGAUCAUCUUUAUGGAGUAUCAAUGACAUUAAUCUUUUCUACGAAAAUAAGAUCGGAGAUGACUCUUAAAAAAAAAAAAAAGAAAAUAAAGAAAAAAGAGUAUAAACAAAAGAACAAUGCAAAUCAUGAGAAAAAAGAAUCGAGUCAUUCUUUAGGAUUACAUUUACGAAGUUUUCCAUUAGAGUCUAUGUGUAUGUCUGUGCGUGUAUGUGUAUGCCUCAGUCAUGAAAAGAACUUCGACAACAUUUUCCUAAAUCAUUUUUGAUUUCGUGGUUAAAAAAAAAAAAAUAUGAAAGGAAAUUAAACAAGAAUAAUGAUUCAAAUCUAUCGACGUAUAUAUCUAUGUAAUCCUAUUAUGGAAUUUUUCUUAUGCCUUUGUGCGAUACGAUAUGAUUGUUCUCAAAAUAGUAUGCAAUGCGUCUCUAAUUUGUUACGUGACUUGUUUUUUAUGUACGCUCUGUUGAUCGUCCGUAUAAUCCUCAUCGUGCUGGUUAUCCCAAAUCAUAUCUUUCUACGCAUCCUUUUUGUUAAAUCUAUCAGAUCGUAAUAGGGAAAGAAUUUUUUCAUAAAAAAAUUAUCAACUUUUGAGAAUUCAAACAUAAGAGAGAAUUUUUUAAUUUUGGAAGUUCUUUUUUUCUUCUUCUUCUUCUUCUCGAAAAAGAAGAAGAGAUAGAGAGAGAGAGAGAGAAAGAGAGAGAGAGAGAGAGAGAGAGAGAGAGAGAGAAAGAGAGAGAGAGGGAGGGAAACGAAAAUAGAGUUAAAAAAGCCGGAAGAAUCGAAUUUACAAACGAAUUAUUCAGGAAGAUGUAUACCCGGAAUUAUAAAUCAGGAAAUACAACGCUCGUAAUUUAUUCUAACAAUUCACAUCGUAAUUCAGAUAGAUCACGAAAGAGUUUAUGAAAAAAAAAAAAAACUUUUGACUCAAUAUUGUUCCUCGGUUAGAUAAAACGCGUAGCAUGUUAUUACGCGGCCGAUGCACGCUUCUGAUUGUCAUGUAGUAUGGUUAAUUUGUUCAUUUUCUUUUUUUUCUUUUCUUUUUUUUUUUUUAUAAAUGGUUACUGAUGCCAGACAGAAGCUAUAAACAUCCAGCCCACAGGCAGGAUUAUCUCAGACAGUCAACAUGUGGCUGAUCAAGGUGGUGCUAUUUACUUUAGUGGCGUUUGUCUGGGUUACUGCUGAGGAAGAGGUUCAAGUGGAAAUUCCUCAGGGUCCAUUGAAAGGUCUAAAAUUGAAUACAGCAUGGCAUAAUAUGCCGUAUUAUAGUUUCAAAGGAAUACCUUAUGCAAAGCCUAAUGUUGGAGUCGACAAGUUUAGGACGCCGGAGCCUGCUGAUCCUUGGGAAGGUGUCUAUGAUGCUACCAAGCAUCGUUCGUUCUGUCCAGUCUUUUGCAUGGUGCAACAAAAGAUUGUAGGUGACGAGGACUGUCUCUAUCUUAGCGUCCAUACUCCAGAAAUGAACAAGGAUGCUCAUAAAGCUGUAAUGGUAUGGAUUCCUGGUGGCAAUUGGAACAUGGGAUUUGGAGACGAUAUUUUUGGACCAGAUUUUCUCAUUGAACAAGAUGUCGUCAUUGUUACUUUCAACUUCAGACUUGGUGCUAUUGGUUACUUGAACACUGGUGAUGAACAUGCUCCUGGAAAUGCUGGUAUGAAGGAUCAAGUAAUGGCACUUAUGUGGAUUAAAGAUAACAUUCAUUACUUUGGAGGAUCUCCAGACAGAGUUACCAUAUUUGGUCACAGCUCAGGUGGUUCCUCUGGUCAAUACCACAUGUUUUCACCGAUGUCAGAAGGAUUGUUCAACAGCGUCAUUUCACAAAGUGGAUCGAUACUAAAUCCAUGGGCAAUAGAAUAUAAACCCAAAGAAAUGGCUUUCAAAUUGGGUGAGACACUUGGAAUUCAUACCCAGGAUACUGGUGAAUUGGUCAACAAACUCGCUGAAUUUUCGGCAAGAGACAUAAUUACGGCGACCAGAGAGAUAAUGAACGAUAUUAAUACGAUAAAUGGACAUUUAGAUGUUUUUGUGCCAUCAGUUGAAAAUGAUUUUGGUCAGGAUGUGUUCUUAACAAAUGAUCCCUGGACUCUACUGAAAACUGGCAAAAUUGCUAAUGUACCAAUUAUGGGAGGUGUUACAAUAAAGGAUGCUGAUUUCUUUGCAGAAAUGAUGUUACCGAAUGCUGAAUAUAUCAACGAACAUUUCGAAGAUUUCCUACCUGAUGAUCUAAAUGUAACCGACCCUGUUCAAAGAAAACAAUUAGCUAACUUUAUGAAGGAAUUCUAUCUUCAUGGCAAAGAUAUAUCCAAGGAUACCGAAAAAGAAUUAUCGCAUAUGUUGGCCGAUGUUUACUUUACCGCUGGAAUUACAUUCACUUUAAAUUUUAUUACUCAAAGAAACACAGCACCAGUUUAUCAAUAUAUAUUCGAAUAUGAAAAUCCAUUCGGUAUCAUGAAAAAUAUAAAAACUGAGAGGGGCAUAGCUCAUGGGGAUGAAUUAGAUUACGAAUUUUAUUCGAACAUGAUCAAAAAUUUACCUAAUCCUGGCUCACCCGAGGAGAAAAUGACACGGAUUAUCACUAAAUUGUGGACCAACUUUGCGAAAGAUGGAAAUCCAACUUCUAAACUAGAUGAGGACAUUACCAUCGAGUGGGAGCCAAAAAAUAAAGAAGUAUGUAAAUAUAUUCUUAUCAAUCAAGAUCUGAAGAUGGACAGACAUUUAUUAGGAGAAAGAAUACCAUUCUGGACAGAAUUAUAUAAAAAUGUUUUCAAUGCAUAAUCAUAAUGAAUACAUAUGGAUAUCCUAAAAAUAUCGGUAUGCAUUUGUUAUUUUUAAAAUUCAUUUAUGUAUAAUAAUAUUUCUUUUAUUGCACAACGUAGCCAUUAAGUACAAUAUAUACGCAAAGAAUUGAUUUCUUUCGAUAAUUUUUCGAAAGAAAUGAAUAUGGAAUAAUAAUCCAUAAGAGGGACGAGAAGAUAAAUUUUUGAUUGAGAAUAAAAUUUUUGUGUGCCCGAUAAUGGCAUCCAUUGUAAUCAA